GUAAGGUGGAGGAGGACGGGGUUUUCAGUGACCAGCACCUGGAUAACCUGGAGAGGAGCUGCAGCCCGGACCAGGAGGAACCAGGGCAUCCACAGACUACAGAACUGGAGGAAGACUCCAGCGGUCAGGAGAUGAAGCACGAGGACGUAGAGGUGGAUGUCUCUUUGGUCAAUGUCGCUGAUGUGAAAGUUGAAAAUGUUGAACCAGGACCAAACUGUGGCCACCUGCUGUUGCACACUUCUCCUGAAGCUCAAAACAAAGAUGAGGGAGGGACUGAAAGUUUACGCUCAGACUCCAGUAAAACUGUAGAUCCGGAGCCAAUGAGACGACACGGUGACCACGAAGAUGCUGCUGUCCCGUCAGACAGCAACUGUAAAUCAAAGCUGACCAGGACCCACAUGGGGAAGAAGGCGUUUUCUUGCAGCACUUGCAAGAAAGAGUUCAGUAAAAGUCAUAUUUUAAUGAAUCACAUGAAGAUCCACACUGGCGAAAGGCCGUACCUGUGCAACACCUGCGGAAAAUUGUUUAGAAAGUCAUCAACAUUCAAUAAGCAUAAAAUGAUCCACAUGGGCGAGAAGCCCUACAUCUGCAAAACAUGUGGAAAAAGUUACACAGAACGUUCCAGCCUGCUGGUUCACUCGAGGACCCACACCGGCCAAAAGCCGUACCUGUGCAACACCUGCAGCAAUGCCUUUACUUAUUUAUCAGCUCUUAAGCGCCACAUAACCACACACACGGGCGAGAAGCCCUACAUCUGCAAAACAUGUGGAAAGAGUUACACAGAACGUUCUACCCUUGUGAUUCACUUGAGGACCCACACCGGUGAAAGGCCGUACCUGUGCAACACCUGUGGAAAAACCUUUACUAAAACAUCACAUCUUAAACGGCACAUAACCACUCACAUGGGUGAAAGUGAUAUUUGUGCAAGACGUGCAACAAAGGUUUUAGCUGCAGAAUGGAUUUGCUGAGUCACAUGAAAAGUCACCCGGAGGAGAAGUCUGGUGACUCGUGACAAGUGAAGCUCAUGUUGUCGUCCUCCGGGGGCAGCUGUCCACUCCUGUCUGACCCACAGAAGAAGAACCCGCAGAAGUCCAACCACCACCUCCUGUGGCUGAUGGGCCUAAUCCCCUCCCCACAAGGGUUGCAGGUUCAACCCGGAUUUAUGCUUCUCCGUCAACUUGACGCAGAGGGAACGAUGUGGUUGUGUACUUUUUUUAAAGUUCUGCAUUGAGUUUGUUUGAAUCCCUGUUCCUUCUUAAAAUCGUUAUUUGUUGCUGUUGGUAAC